GCUGGGUUUUGGAUCCCAAACACCCAAGGGACGAACCCUAGAGAGAGAGAGAGCGACUUGGAGACAUUCUUGGAGCUAUUUUGGAGGAUUUCUUCGCCAUUGGAGCUCGGGAAUCAAGCUUGGAGAUGGAGAUUGAAGAUCUAGAUAAGAUUUCUGCAGUCUCUCUCUUCUCUAUGGAGUAACUUCCCUUCACUUAGGUUUUGAGGAACCCUAGUUCCAUGAGUUAGGAUCUUUCUUGUAUGAAGUUUUGGAUGCUAUAUUGUUUGAUUAUAAUCGAUUGAGGCAUGAUUUAUUGAGUCA